AUGCGCCCCUCUUCCCUUCUUCUCGCCCCUAUACUCUCUUUGGUCAGUCUAGCGGCAGCUCGGUCAGCUACAGGAGACAAAGUCUUGGUAGUCCUGGAACCUACUUUGAAGAAAGAUGAUUAUUCGAAUUUUUGGAAGUCACUGCAGGAUCGAGGAUUUGAACUCACUUUCAAGGAGCCCAAAGACAGAGAUGCAGAGUUGGUCAAAUAUGGGGAACUGAAGUAUGAUCAUUUGGUGAUGUUCGCACCAGGAGCAAAGACAUAUUCUCCAACGCUAUCACCCAAAUCCAUUCUUCACGCCCAAUUCGCAGGUCUCAACACCUUAUAUGUCCUCUCACCUGACCUAACUGAGAACAACAAAGAGUUCUUGAGAGAAUACGAUCUGGAAUUUAUAGAUUCUUCUCAAACUUUGAUUGAUCCAUUCAACCAUCCAGUCGACUCAUCAUCUUCCACCGUAUCUUUAUCCCCCACCUCAUCUUUGGUCCAAGAUAAUGGAGAGAUAGUAUCGCCAAGUACAUCAUCAGGAGGUCCAAUAAUCUACCCUUCUGGAACAGUACAUACAACAGGUGAUAAUCCGUAUUUGAUCGAUGUCCUCCAUGCUUCCAAAUACGCUUAUAUCGGUCAAGAUAAAUUACUCUCAUCCGAUGAAGCUGAAGUUGACAAGUCGCUUAACGCGAAGGGAACAAAAGAACCGAUAUUGAAUGGUAGAAAAGCGACCUUGGUGAGCGCCUUGCAGACUAGGGAUAAUGUGAGGGUCGGAUUUGUGGGUUCGACGGAAAUGAUCAAAGAUAUCUGGUGGGAUAAGGAGGUAAAAACCAAGGACGGGAAAAGCAUCAAGACUGGAAAUGCAGCAUUCAUUUCUGACUUCUCAAAGUGGAUUUUCCAAGAGACCGGUGUGGUCAAGAUUGUAGAGUCUACUCAUUAUAGAAAAGGAGAAACUGAGCCUAGGGAAUUAUACACCAAGAAGGACGAUAUUACCUAUUCCCUCACCCUUGCCAAGCACUACACCACUUCUAACGGUACUUCCGCAUGGGGUCCUUUCGAAGUUGAUGAUAUUCAAUUUGACUUUACGAUGUUAGACCCCCAUAUUCGAACUGCUCUCAAACAGGAUAAAUCAGCUGUGGUAGCACAAGGGACGAACUACAAGGCGAGAUUUGUCGCACCGGAUAGACAUGGUGUAUUCAAGUUCGUAGUGGAAUACUGGAGACCUGGAUGGAGUUAUCUUCGAUCUUCCCAAACGGCCUCAGUGGUACCUUUACGACAUGACGAAUACCCCCGAUUCAUCGUUGGAGCUUGGCCGUAUUACAUCGCAGCGUGCAGUACCAGUCUGACGUUCUUGGCUUUCUGUGCGUUGUGGGUUAGCUUGGGAGAAGGCGAUAAAGAUAGGAAGGGAAAGAAGAAGGCUGAGUAA